UUUUUUAAUACAGAGGCACUCCAUCAGUUAUGUCCAAAAACUAUGGUGCAGCAGGAACAACUUCUCGUCGUGGCCAAGCUUAUCUAUUGGUACAAAGAGCUGGUAACAUGAAAGGCUCCUCUCCUCGGCCAAGUGUCAAGGGAGCUGCUGCCAAUGAACAUGCAACUGUAACUUUAGAAGACAUCAAGAGUGUUGCUUUAGAUUCCAUGCCAGAUGUUGAUGAGAUGCCCUCAGCAUUUCAAGAAUGUUACAGCUCUGAGCAAUUUGAUGAGUUUCUACUGGCCAUUUUGAAUUACUUUGAUGCAUUCUUUGAGAGGAUGGCUAUCGAAAACAAGCCAAAACCAAUGGCAGUUGAGCCAAGCCUGGCUGAGAGAAAGGCUCUAGCAACAGCUGUCGGUAAACAGGAGGCAGCACAAAGGCUUCUGGGACAGUGCUACUGUACGCUUGUGCUGGGCCUGGGACUUGAAGAUAAACACCACAUGGGGUGUGGCCGGCAACGCAGCUCAGACACAAGUAGGGACAGAGAGCUGUAUGAGGCUCUUUAUCCAUUUUCUGCAUAUGUGACCUACAUUGCGUUCAGACGGCAACACCUGGAUCUAAUACAAAAGGAACUAGGAAGAUUGUUUCGCUCGGACACUUUUAACCCUGCAGGGAGGCCACAGGCAGUUAAAGAGGUGUAUGCAAUAGAUCGUCUUAAGGACAGCACCAAGCAGCCGCUGACGCCCGCGGAAUAUCGCAGGCUCAAACCAAAAAGACCACCCAUUAAGUCUAUUAUCAAUCAGCGUUCGCCAGUACUUGUGUCUUUGUUACCGACCUCACAAGAAGCAAGUCCGUGGUUUCUUGAUCGCACAAAAGCUCUUCCUUUAUCAGAAAGUGAUAUACCACACGAAGAUGACAAACUGGAUCUCCUUCUGCAAACUAAAGUUGGUAUAAUUGGAGAGCCAAUGUCUGGCUUUAAUCCGCUCACCCUGGCUCCGUUUGGCGAGGAACACGAGGAGGAGACUGGAGACGAGGAUGAAUCAAGAAGAAGUUCCCUACCUGGCGAGGCGCCGGUCACACCCACUCAAGGAGUGACCAGUGUUGUUGAAGAGGGAGACACCGCUGAGCAAGAAGAGUGACAUUAAUGGCUACGUCCAGUCUCCUUGCCUAGACAUACAGACAUCUCAACGCAAUUUGAUAGGAGAAAUUGUUGUAAAUAAGGUGUAAAUACACUUCGGCUUCGGAAGGAAAAUGAAUUUCACGAUGCAAUGGAAAUGUAACAAUGUAAAGCAUUUUUCUCACUCUAAAAGUAACUUGUAAGUAGUAUAAAAAAUGUCAUCGUUGGUGUAAAAUGUAAUGUAAAUACUCGAAAUAAAGAAAUACGUUCAGUGGCGAUUACAUUUA